AUGGGAAACGCAGUCAAACAAGCCGAAGAACUGCGACUUCUAGCAAAGAUUCAGGCACAUGAUGAGAGCGUGUGGAAUAUGUCUGUGCAUUCUAAACUGCCGAUAUUGGCAACCUGUUCGAGUGACAGGACAAGCAAGAUAUAUGACAUCAGUGUUUUAGAGAACGUGAAGCUGACCACGGUACUAGAUGAACAGACACAUACCAAAACUAUACGUUGUGUGAGUUUCAAACCAUCAUCUGAGGAGGCAUAUCCUACUCUAGCCCUUGGCAGCUUUGAUUCUACGUGUUCUAUCUGGGGUGCCGAUUCUUUCAAGAGUGAAUGGGAACUACUUGCAGUGAUUGAAGGCCAUGAGAAUGAGGUCAAGUCGAUUGACUGGUCGCUCGACGGGAGAUACUUAGCUACAUGUGCUCGUGACAAGACUAUAUGGAUAUGGGAAACCGACUCAAUGAACGAGGAGUUUGAGUGCAUUGCCGUAUUGAGCGAACACGAGGGAGAUGUGAAGUUUGUUAAGUGGAAUGACAAGGGAGAAGACACCCACGUUUUUGUCAGCUGUUCGUACGACGACACGCUGAGAAUCUGGCGACAGGAUGAGUACGACGAGGACGAAUGGAACUGCGUGGCCAUGAUAAACCUCGAGAAUACAGUUUGGGGUGCUGCCUGGGUGGAUAACGAUACCAUUAGAGUAUUGACAGAGGCGGAUAAAGCCGAGGCGGAGCAAGGACAAGACAAGGACGACCAAGAGACUACAGACAGCAGCAAGAAACUUCCGAGUACAAUCAAGAAGAUAGAGACGUGGUCAGCCUCUUCAGCGUUCGGAAAGGUCAGUCGGAUGCACGAAGGAACUGUGUACAGCGUGGACAGUCGAGGAGGCAGGAUUGUCAGCGGAGGCAGCGACGGCUGCGUGUAUGUAUACGAGCGUGAAGCAGCCGGUCCAGAGUCCGGUGAAUGGCGUGUCUGUGCUUCCCACAGCCUUUGCCAUGGUGUCAGAGAGGUGAACAGUGUCCGUUUUGUGAGAGACAAUACAGUGGCCAGUGGUGGAGAUGACGGAAGUGUUGCAGUUUGGGGGCUGACGUAA